ACAACUUCGAGUCGAGACUAUCGUCUGUCUACACUGACGAUGAGUCAGAAAUACAUUAGCAUGCAUCUAAAGCUACUACUGGCAGUAUGUGUCUGUAUAGCAAGCACCCAAGGUUUACCGGGUAAUAAAAUAGGACAGAGUAAGGACCUCUCCAAAUUUUUCCUCGGAACUGCGAAAGGUGGUGGGAACUUCAGCGCUGGAGCGGGUCUAGGAGCUGGUCUAGGGGGAGGAUUAAGUCUGGGAGCCGGGAUUGGGGCGGGUCUAGGCGGAGGUUUAAACCUAGGAGCCGGACUGGGAGCUGGUUUGAAAGGAGCAUUAAACGCCGGAGCAGGCCUUAAGGGUGGUCUACACGGAGGUUUAUCCGCAGGAGCCGCGCUGGGAGCUAACUUGAAGGGAGCUGUAAGCGCCGGAGCCGGACUUGGUGUUAACCUUAACACAGGUGCUGAUGUUAACGCUAAAGUAAACGGAUCUCUCAUUGCUGCUGGCAAUAUUCAAAGCAACAUAAACUUAGACUCCAGUGCCAACAGCCAGUUUGGGUCGGAGUUCAGUUCUGGCUCGGGAAAAAAUGGGAAAAAGACAUUCAAAAUGGGUUCCAAAGAUACACUUGAACUCGUUGGAAAAUUUAACAAAGGAGGCAAAAAUAAAUUAAAAACAGAGUCUGAAAAUGAAAUAGAUGGUAAAGCUGAUGAUGAUGACGACGAUGAUGAUGAUGACGAUGAUGAUGAUGAUGAUGAUUUAGAUGCAGAUGGAAAUAAAAAGCUUGAAGAAGAUUCCAAUGAUGAAAAUGAAGGAAAUUUGGGCACACUUAGAAAAUCUAACAAAAAAGGCAAAAAUAAAUUAAAAACAGGGUCUAAAAACGAAACCAAUGUUGAAGCUGAUGACGAUAAAGAUAAUGAUGAUGAUGAUGAUGAUGAUGAUGAUGAUGAUGAUUUAGAUUCAGAAAAAAAUAAAACGGUUGAAGAAGAUUCCGAUGAUGAAGAUGAAGAAACUUUAAGCAUUCUUAAAGAAUUUAGCAAAAAAGGCAAAAAGAAAUUAAAAACAGGGUCUAAAAACGAAACAGAUGUUGAAUCUGAGGAUGAUGAUGAUGAAGAUAACGAUGAUGAAGAGUUAGAUGCAGAUGGAAAUAAAAAGGUUCAAGAAGAUUCCGAUGAAGAAGAUGAGGAAACUUUAAGCAUUCUUAAAAGUAUUAAGAAAAAAGGCAAAAAGAAAUUAAUAAGCGGUUCUAAAAACGAAACAGAUAUUGAAGCUGAUGAUGAUGACGAUGAAGAUGACGAUGAUGAUGACGAUGAUGAAGAUUUAGACGCAAAUGGAAAUAAAAAGGUUCAAGAAGAUUCCGAUGAAGAAGAUGAAGAAACUUUAAGCAUUCUUAAAAAAAUUAAGAAAAAAGGCAAAAAGAAAUUAAUAAGCGGUUCUAAAAACGAAACAGAUGUUGAAUCUGAGGAUGAUGACGAUGAGGAAGAUGAAGAUGAUGAAGAUUUAGAUGCAGAUGGAAAUAAAAAGGUUCAAGAAGAUUCCGAUGAAGAAGAUGAAGAAACUUUAAGCAUUCUUAAAAAAAUUAAGAAAACUGAUUUAGACGCAAAAGGAAAUAAAAAGGUUCAAGAAGAUUCCGAUGAAGAAGAUGAAGAAACUUUAAGCAUUCUUAAAAACAUUAAGAAAAAAGGCAAAAAGAAAUUAAUAAGCGGUUCUAAAAACGAAACAGAUAUUGAAGCUGAUGAUGAUGACGAUGAAGAUGACGAUGAUGAUGAUGAUGACGAUGAUGAAGAUUUAGACGCAAAUGGAAAUAAAAAGGUUCAAGAAGAUUCCGAUGAAGAAGAUGAAGAAACUUUAAGCAUUCUUAAAAAAAUUAAGAAAAAAGGCAAAAAGAAAUUAAUAAGCGGUUCUAAAAACGAAACAGAUGUUGAAUCUGAGGAUGAUGACGAUGAUGAAGAUGAAGAUGAUGAAGAUUUAGAUGCAGAUGGAAAUAAAAAGGUUCAAGAAGAUUCCGAUGAAGAAGAUGAAGAAACUUUAAGCAUUCUUAAAAAAAUUAAGAAAACAGGCAAAAAGAAAUUAAUAAGCGGUUCUAAAAAUGAAACAGAUGUUGAAGCUGAUGAUGAUGACGAUGAAGAUGACGAUAAUGAUGGCGAUGAUGAUUUAGACCCAAAUGGAAAUAAAAAGGUUCAAGAAGAUUCCGAUGAAGAAGAUGAAGAAACUCUAAGCAUUCAUAAAAAAAUUAACAAAAAAGGCAAAAAGAAAUUAAUAAGCGGUUCUAAAAACAAAGCAGGUGUUGAAACUGAUGAUGAUGAUGAUGAAGAUGACGAUGAAGAUGACGAUGAUGGAAAUAAAAAGGUUAAAGAAGAUUCUGAUGAUGAUAGUGAAGAAACAGUUGUUAUUCGUAGAAAAUUUAACAAAAAAGGCAAAAAUCAAUUAAAAACAGUUACUAAAACUAAAACCGAUGUUGAAUCUGAUGAUGAUGAUGAUGAAAGUGAUGAUGAUGAUGAUGAUCUAGACGCAGAUGGAAAUAAAAAGGUUAAAGAAGAUUCCGAUUAUGAAAAUGAAGGAACUUCAAGUAUUCUUAAAAAAAAUAACAAAAAAGGCAAAAAUAAAUUAAAAACAGGGUCUAAAAACAAAAUAGAUGUUGAAGCUGAUGAUGAUGACGAUGAGAAUGACGAUGAUGAGGAUAAUGAUGAUGAUGAUGAUGAUGGUAGUUUAGAUGCAGAUGGAAACAAAAAGGUUAAAGAAGAUUCCGAUGAUGAAAAUGAAGAAACAGUUGGCAUUCGUAAAAAACUUAAUAAAAAAGGCAAAAAUAAAUUAAAAACAGUGACUAAAAACAAAACAGACGUUGAAGCUGAUGAUGAUGAGGAAGAUGACGAUACUAGUGAUGAUGAUGAUGAUGAUGAUGAGUUAGAAAGCGAUGAUGAUGAUGAUGACGAGACCAGCAGUAGAACAAAAGUCAAAUGGGCAAUUAGGAAACACGGAAGAAAACAUUUUAGAGCUGGGAGAAAUCAUCACGGUAGGUCUAGAUUUUAUAGACGGUUUAAGACCAGCCGUAAGUAUAAAUCUAGAGUAGGAUAUGGAAGAAAUGGAAAGAUUGAUGAAGAUUUCGACGAGGAAGAAGAGUCGCUAGACGACAAGAAACACGGUAGAUUCCAUCUUAGGAGAAACAGAAAAACAAAAUUUCAUCACGGCAGAGGAGACAGUUGUGAAAGUGACAAUACUGAAGAAAGAAAGAAGAAAUCAGACGAUGACGAUGAAGAUGACGAUGACGAGAACGUGAAUAACCGCAACGGUUGGAACAGCCGAAAAGUGGGGAAACAAUUUGGAGCCAAAUUUGGAGCCAAAUUUGGAGCCAAUUUUAAACGAGGCUGGUGGAACAGGAAUCGAAAUUUCGUGAACAAAGGAGGGAAUGUUGCCAACAGAAACGGCUGGCGUUUUGGUGCUAAGGCAGGGGUCUCCGCCAGGCUUGGACCCAACGCCCUCAAGUUUGCUAGAAACGGUGGCAAAGCCCAAUGGAAUGCCGGCUUUGGUGGUAGACAAAAUUGGAGGGCCGGCGUCGGUGGUAGACCAAACUGGAGGGCCGGCGUCGGUGGGAGACCAAAUUGGAGGGCCGGUGUCGGUGGUAGACCAAACUGGAGGGCCGGUGUCGGUGGUAAAUCCCAAGUAAACGCCGGCUUUGGUGGUAAAUUAAAUUGGAGGGCCGGCUUCGGUGGUAGACCAAACUGGAGGGCCGGUGUCGGUGGUAGACCAAACUGGAGGGCCGGUGUCGGUGGUAGACCAAACUGGAGGGCCGGUGUCGGUGGUAAAUCCCAAGUAAACGCCGGCUUUGGUGGUAAAUUAAAUUGGAGGGCCGGCUUCGGUGGUAGACCAAACUGGAGGGCCGGUGUCGGUGGUAGACCAAACUGGAGGGCCGGUGUCGGUGGUAGACCAAACUGGAGAGCCGGCGUCGGUGGUAAAUCCCAAGUAAACGCCGGCUUUGGUGGUAAAUUAAAUUGGAGGGCCGGCUUCGGCGGUAGACCAAACUGGAGGGCCGGCGUCGGUGGUAGACAAAACUGGACUGCCGGCUUCGGUGGUAAAUCCCAAGUAAACGCCGGCUUCGGUGGUAGACAAAGUUGGAGGGCCGGCGUCGGUGGUAGACCAAACUGGAGGGCCGGCGUCGUUGGUAAACCAAACUGGAGGGCCGGCGUUGGUGGUAAAUCCCAAGUAAACACUGGCUUUGGUGGGAAAUCCCAAGUGAACGCCGGCUUCCGUGGCAAAUCAAACUUGAGAGCCGGUUUUGGUGGUAAAUUCCAAGUAAACACUGGCUUUGGUGGGAAAUCCCAAGUGAAUGCCGGUUUUGGUGGAAAAUCAAACUUGAGAGCCGGUUUUGGUGGUAAAUCCCAAGUAAACUCUGGCUUUGGUGGGAAAUCCCAAGUGAAUGCCGGUUUUGGUGGCAAAUCAAACUGGAGAGCCGCCUUUGGUGGAAAAUCCCAAGUGAUCGCCGGCCUUGGUGGUAAAACCCAGGUGAAUGCCGGCUUUGGUGGCAAAUCCACCUGGAGAGCCGGCUUUGGUGGUAAAUCGCAAGUAAACGCCGGCUUUGGUGGCAAAUCCCUCUUAAAAACCGGCUUCGGUGGAAAAGCAAACUGGAAGAGCGGAUUCGGUAGCAAAUCAAAUUGGACGGCCGGCUUUGGUGGUAAAACCCAAGUAAACGCCGGCUUUGGUGGAAAAUCCCUCUUAAAAUCCGGCUUCGGUGGAAAAGCAAACUGGAAGAGCGGAUUCGGUAGCAAAUCAAAUUGGACGGCCGGUUUUGGUGGUAAAACCCAAGUAAACGCCGGCUUUGGUGGAAAAUCCCUCUUAAAAUCCGGCUUCGGUGGAAAAGCAAACUGGAAGAGCGGAUUCGGUAGCAAAUCAAAUUGGACGGCCGGUUUUGGUGGUAAAACCCAAGUAAACGCCGGCUUUGGUGGCAAAUUGAACUGGAAGGCCGGCUUUGGAGGUAAAUCCCUUUUAAAAUCCGGCUUUGGUGGUAAAUCCCAAGUCAACGCCGGGUUUGGCGGCAAGACUAACGUAAACACCGGCUUUGGCGGCAAGACUCUCCUGAAGACUGGCUUUGGCGGCAAGACUAACGUAAACACCGGCUUUGGCGGCAAGACUCUCCUGAAGACCGGCUUUGGCGGCAAAACUAACGUGAACACCGGCUUUGGCGGCAAGACUCUCCUGAAGACCGGCUUUGGCGGCAAGACUCUCCUGAAGACCGGCUUUGGCGGCAAGACUAACGUGAACACCGGCUUCGGCGGCAAGACUAACGUGAGCACCGGUUUUGGCGUCAAGACUAACGUGAACACCGGCUUUGGCGGCAAGACUAACGCGAAUACCGGCUUUGGCGGCAAGACUCUCCUGAAAGCUGGCUUUGGCGGCAAGACUAACGUGAACCACGGCUUUGGUAGCAACGCUCAUGCAUCAUCUGGCAUCAGUGCAAAAGGUAUCGGUCAUGGGCAGACAACCAACAAAAAUACAAUUCUAAAGGGAGGGAAACCCGCCGGACAAUAACACAACUGACCGAAGAUUAGAAACUCUGCUGCAUACAUUGAAAUUUAUCAUCAAAAUGAAAUGACUGAACUAACCACCACACAAUCACAAGUACUGAACAAGCUUCUCAUGUAAUUGCCACAACAAUAAUGAGAAUAAAGUCAAAUAUCACAUUAUAA